CUAGGCUGCCCGCCGCCGGCCGCAGCAUGCCGGCAGCGCUGCGCCUGCUGUGGCUGGGCUGCCUCUGCAGCCUCUGCCGCGGGUACUUCGAGGGCCCGCUGUACCCCGAGAUGUCCAACGGGACCCUGCACCACUACUUCGUCCCCGACGGGGACUACGAGGAGAACGACGACCCCGAGCGGUGCCAGCUGCUCUUCAGGGUGAGCGAGCAGCGGCGGUGCGGCGCGGCGGCGGCGGCGGGCGGCGGCGGGCUCAGCCUGCGGGAGGAGCUGACGGUGCUGGGCCGGCAGGUGGAGGACGCGGGCCGGGUGCUGGAGGGCAUCGGCAAGAGCAUCUCCUACGACCUGGACGGGGAGGAGAGCUACAGCACCUACCUGCGCCGCGAGUCCGCCCAGAUCAGCGACGCCUACUCCAGCUCGGACCGGUCGCUGAGCGAGCUGGAGGGCAAGUUCCGUCAGGGGCAGGAGCAGGGGGGCCGGGAGGAGGCCCGCCUGGGCGACAGCUUCCUGGGGCUGCUGCUGCACGCCCGCGCCCUGCUCCGGGAGACCCGCCACAUCUCCAGCGGGCUGCGGGACAAGCACGACCUCCUCGCCCUCACCGUCCGCAGCCACGGCGCCCGCCUCAGCCGCCUCAAGAACGACUAUCUCCGCGCCUGAGCCGGGACCCCCCCCCCCGGCCCCUCCGCACCGCCGGGGGCGAGGGGCUUCGAGCGGCGCCCUCAGCCCUGCUGCCAGCCCCCCCGGGAGGUGCCGCAGGGCGCAGCGCCGGGGGUCUGCCUGGAAGGAGCACCUCCUCGCGCCAAUACAUCCUUCGUCCUGGAAAAACUUAUUUAUUGUGUUUGACUUCCUAAACAAAUCGCGCGUCUCUAUAAGCCGGGAGGUUAGAGGUAUGUUUAAGUUAAUAUCCCAUAUUUAAAAAAUUACCCCGUGUUAUACUGUUCGUUUUUGGUUACCAAGUAAAGUAAGCUUUCUCGGCUCCAAUUCCCUGUCGUCGGUUUAUAUAUCGCCUCGUCUACUGCUGCUCACCUGCCGCAAAUGUGGAUAAAGCGUGGUGCUCACCAGCCACGUCCGGACUCGCGUGUAGCAGAUGCUUAAAUUGCUUUUGUUGUUACUCCCCUUCAGGGUGAAACCUCUGGCCCUCUAUUAACUUUCUUAGCCUUUUGUAACGGUAUGUAUUCUACGCACGUUAAACAUUGUUCUACUACGUAACUUAAAGCUGUGAUUUCCAUUUGCCUUUUGAAAGACAGGAACUCUUCUGGCAGGAUUUGUACUCUUCCAGGCUUGCUUAUCUGUGACUCUAAGCUAUCAUAACCCCAAGAGCCAGCCAAAAAGGCUUAUGUCAGAUCCUGAGAAUGCUGAUGCAGAUUUUUAUAGUAAGAAGAAGGAGCCCUAGUAGCGAUUGUAGUUUCAGAUCCCAAGUUAGAGAGCCAGGUUUCUUCGAGCAUGUUUCUAAAGUAGACAAAAAGGUUUUGUCUCUGCCAGCACAGUGACAUUUCUUGUUGGUGCCUUUGUACUUUUGCUAGCUAAGCUAUUAAUAAAAUUAUUUGUGCUCCUAGACAAUAGCAAAAGUGCCUAGUGGGAAGGAGGGGGAGGAUUGUUUGGGUUUUUAGACUCAUUGCUAUUUAAUUGACAAUUUGGGGUCAUAUGGCUACUAGGUUACAGAUACUGCAGGCAGAAUCACUGUUUGGAUGAAAAAAGUUCAUAUGUUGUUUUAAUAAAUAUUUGAAAACAAUGUUAAAGCACUUUUUUCUUUUAUUGUUCUGCUUGAGACGCUCUUGAUUUAAAACAUGCUGUUGUAAUGUGUCUUUUCAGCAAAAAAUUGCAAGUAUGUAGAUCCUGCCAAAUGCAAUAACUUGCUUUUUAGGAAAAACAAAUAAAAAUUUACAGACUCAAGAGGUAAGCAAGUUUCAUUAAAAGCAAUGAUACAGAA